GUUCUCCCCUGAUUUGUGCUGGAAUACUUUGUUAGAUAUGACACAUGGCGCAGCCGUGGAAAGCAGCCUGUAGCGUUGUGUUAGAACCUUAAAACGUCAAAUCAUUGUUAGUUUGCUACAGACAACGAUUUUGUGCGAGAUGCCUCCAAAGGUGGAGACGGAUCUCUCGAGGCUGAAACGCCGUCGCGGACAACUGCGGUUUAAAGCAGUUCAAGCUUUUAAUACUUUGCACUCGCGUAUUCAUGAACAUGAGGUUUCCGAUCCUUCCUCAUGGCAACCGUGGAUGUUCUCCAAUCUUGAAAACGAGUUCUGGUCCGUGGAAACCCGCGUCGAGUCCUAUGCUGAGGCUCACGUUGAGGUCCAGAUUCACGAGCAAGUUGAUGGUGCUGAACCUGAGGAUGAGGAUAGUGCAAAAGUGUGUGACCUUCAGUCUGAAUUGAUCAUCAUUGAACAAAAGGUACAAACCUUAAAGUAUCGAUGUGAGACAAUGUUUCAUGAUGUUGAAACAACGAAUUUGGAAAUUUCGGAGAGUCGGGAGUCACGAAAAUUUCGGGUCAAUUUGGCAUUGAAGCCAUCUGUAUUGACCGUGGACAUCUCGUUGGCAGAUUUUUUGGCAUGGAGGCGAAAGUUUCAAGAUUUUUACAACUCCAACCAAAUGCAGGACUUUUUGAUUGAGGAGCAACGUGCCCAGUUGAGAGGCUGUAUGGACAUUGGAACAAUUCAAAUGUUGUCUCAGUACCUCGAUGUGGCUGAGGAUGAACCAGUGAAUAACCUGUUGGACAAGCUUCAAGUGCACCUUGCCAAGUCCGUGAAUAUUGUGAGGAGGAGGCAUGAGUUUAACACUCUUCGUCAAAAGAAAGGUGAAUCCUUUUGUGAUCUUUUCGUACGGCUGAAAUUGGUUAGUGGAUUAGCGGAGCUCCAAAAUAUCACCUACGACGAACUGUUAACGUCGAGGUUGAUCGUUGCUGUCUCUGAUCAAGAUCUUCAACGCGAUCUUCUUCUGCUAGACAAUCCGACAUUGGCUCAGGUCAGAUCAAAAUGUGAAUCCUGGGAAGCAAGUGCAUCUAAUCUUGCCGCUCUCACAGGCCGGAGCCAGAUUGACCGGACCUCGACAUACAAAUCGAACAAGAGAGGUCAGCAACGUGGUCGAAGCCAAUCAAGAAAUCGUGACAGAUCCAAGACUGAGCCUCCACAGUGCGAUAAAUGUGGUUUUACUGAGCACUAUGGACCGCGUUGCCCUGCAAUCACUCGGACGUGCAAUAAUUGUGGCAAACCAGGCCA